UCUACGGAUGAUUCGCUCCUUCGUCCAACACUCAGGUCUUCUUUUUAGGGUCAUGGAGGGAGGGAGGGAAACAUGCCGACACGAUUUUUUUUCAUUCUCACACGUUUCUCUCCAUUAAGUGUGACAUUGUUGGUCUGCUGUUGUCCUGCUGCUGCUGUGGUGUUUCGUAAUGUGACUUCGGACGCACGGAAUUCCGUCUUCGUUCGUGCGUAAAAGCCGCGCGCAACCCGUGUGUCACCACCAGUGAAAGCGGGGUAAGUUUUCAGAGUCACCGGUGAGCUCCUGUCGGACGCAGGCGUUUGGAAUCUGAGGAAACCUGUUGGAUUAUAAAAAAAAAAACCCAAACAAUCUGUCACUUUGAGGGACGGAGAGUUUGGAGAGUCUCGUGUCUCGACCCUGCGGAGAUUGCGCUGCACGGGAACCAUGUUUCUGUGCAACACCAGCGCCAUAAAGGACUGGAGCUAUUUCCUGUCGCAGAUUCUGCCGCUGGUGAAUAAAACCACGGGCCUGGUGGCGAGCAUCCACAAGGCGGAGGCGGCGGUGACGACCGGCACCAUGGUGACCGCGCUGCAGCCGGACGGCGGCGCCGUGAGCGCGAGCAACGCGCCGCUCCACAGCGGCCACACGCCGGGCGCGGGCCACGUCCUCCACUUCUCGUACUCGGAGAGCGACCCGCUGUACACGGACUACCGGACCCCCCCGGCGCGGGACCCCAUCCCGCUGCCCAAGGCGGUCCUCUACCUGCUCAUGGCGGCGCUGGUGGUCGUGGCGGUGGCGUACGCGAUAGUUGGACACCUGGUGAAAGACGUGGUCAACGACUUGGUUGUCGGUGGAGGCAGGUCGAUCGUUGCUGAGGGCGACGGCAGAGGAACCAGUGAACCAGAUUGGGUGUUUGGGUCCCGUCGUCUUACCAGCGGCAACAAGACGGAGAUCAACUGCAUCACCAGCGGCGUGAGCGAGAUGAGCGAGAUGGGCGAGAUGGGCGAGUCGGGCGAGAGGCCGCGGCUGCUGGAGAUGGGCUACAUAUCCCUGAACCACACCAACUGCCUGAGCUCCACCGCCGGACAGACGGAGGAGACGACGGUGGUCACCAUAGACGAGACGUUACCGCAGCGACGCCCAGACGCUCCCUCUGGGACAUAACCUUGACCGUCUGACCUUCCCUGAGAGAAAGAAAAAAGAAAAAAAACAACAACCUGCAGCGUAUUUGCUCGCAAUUUUUGUCGGAGUGGAUUUACAAGUGUUCCGUGGAUCAAAAAGCUCUGUCCACUGUUUCGUCGCCUGCAGGCGUCGCGGCCUCAAAGGGACUUUGGAAUGUGAAGUCCGUGCUGGAACAUUGGAGGCGUCAGAUGCUGGUGUUGGAACUUCCUUUCAACACCGUUGACCACAGAGGAGAGCGGCAGCUUCUUUUGGACAAACAGUCGGAGAAAAAAAAACUAUUUUUUGUGUUUUUUGCCCUCUUCACACCGCUCCUGCUGUUGUUUUUUUACAGCUUUAAUGUGAGUAUACUUAAUGGCAUUCAGUGUAUCCACAAACAGCACACAAUGACUCUAAAUAUACAGUAUAACAGUGUCUGGUCAGAUUUCUUCGAGUUGUAAUCUGUUGCUAUCUAAGCUAUUAGCUAUGCUAAUUACAUGGCAAUAUUUGUAAUCAGUAAUCUUCUCCAUUGGAACAACAUUGCACCUUAUAUUAUACACAAAAUUGACAAACUUCAACCGAUAUUUCUUUUUCCUCUUGAAGCAUCUCAAACAUUUAGCAAAUAAAAUGCAUUUGGCAUAUUUAGCAUUUUUCACGUUAGCUAACCAUUAUCCAUAAUCUACUACUUUGGCAGAUGCUAAUGAGCUGUUGAGCAAAACAAAAUUCAAGCUAAAGCAAAAAAAGAAAGAAGCUAAACUCGAGUUAAACCCAUCACAUGUUUUUUCUGCUACGUUAGCUUGCUAACUGAGAAGGUUGGAGGAAGCACCUCUAAGUGUUUCUUCAGAUUAGAAGUUCUUUGCAGAUGACACCAUCUUUUAUUUUUGUCUCGCACAAGCUGCACUGGACACAGACGUUGUUGUGUUGCACACGUGUCAAAGUGAUAUUUCCACUAAUGGAGGCGUGAAUCUUCCACAUUGACUCAACCCUGUUCUAACUCUCACCACAAGGUGGAGCACUUGUCUGAAGAAACUCUGUGUGUCGGACGUACUUUUCAUUACUGAAUAUCUCUGGUUACCGUUGAAAAAAAACAACAGUUAAAAAACGCUAUAUUUUAAAGACAAAUAAAACAAAAUGAUGUAAUGCUCGACAAUGUAACUGUAAUCUAAUUACCCUUUUUUCCAAUGUAAUCUGGGAUGAUUAUAGUUACUUAAUUUUUUAGUAUCCUGAUUAGAUAAUUACGUGAAAUCCAUUAACACCCAACCCUGUGUACAGUACACAUUGGUCAGUAGUUAUUGUAAUAUCGCAGAUGGAAAACAUAACCUCACAAAAACAAUGACAUCGACAUUGUAUCGACAUAAAAUAUUAUCGUAAAAUUUAGUUUGAGUGACACAGGAAGUGUAAAUGUUAACACUGUCUACUUUUUAUGUAACUAAAAAAAAUUAAAUCACUUCAUGGUGAUAAAAUAGAAGCAUUUUAUAGUUUCAUGUCAUUAGCUUGACGUGAACAAGUGCUAACAGCUCUGCUACAGCAAAAAAUCAAAUAUCAAAGUAUGAAAGCCAUUGUUCUUAUUAAACAAAAGACAAAUCUAACCAAGCAAUUCCAGUUGUUAAAAGGUUCAUGAUGUUUUCGUGAUAUUCACCUGAACGUGGCAUCACCUUUGAAGCUGACGUGUUUUGUCAAAGUCUUUGUUUACCUGUAUUACCUCACUGUGAAGGGCUACGUACUGUAAAGCUGCUGACGAGUCUGAACGCUGCAACUAAUGGGGCUUUUUUUCUGAUGCAUGCUGGGAUCAUUGAAAACUGUGGAGGUGCAGUGAAGCGUGGAGAAUAAAUAUUCCACUCUUUAAAGGUAGUGUGUAAUAUUUAGCGACAUCUGGUGGUGAAGUUGCAAACUGCAACCAACAGGGACCAAUAUUUCCUCUUCCGGUUUUUCCGGCAGCGUAUGCCGGAGUGAUUUGUCAAAGUGCACGAAAAAACAUAGAUUGUACAUAUAUUAACACACAGUUAUGCACAAUAUAUUCCAUUUCUGUUAAUAAGUUCUUAUUAAUAUUACGCACUGUAGCUUUAAUGCGACUGGAAAUAAAAUCACAGCAGGGAGAGUGAAAAAGAUUUGGCUCUUGUACCUGAAUGAACGUAUUCACAUAUAUCAUACACACUGUUAUAUGUUUAGAAAUG